AUGUCUACUCCCGACCCUCCUGAAAAACUAAGAUGGGCUGUUCUCAUCGUGGCCUGUCUAGCGCUCUCUGGCCAGUACUACGCCUAUGAUAUUCCCUCCGCGAUAAACGAUCAACUGCAGGCCCGAUUCACCAGUGGAGGGGGCGGUAUGACUGUCGAGGAAUAUACCUACUACUUCAAUCUCUUAUAUACGGUCUAUGCCUUGCCCAAUAUGAUAACACCAUUAAUACUGGGAGUCUCUAUAGAGUGGAUAGGGAUGAGGUCUAUGCUCCUCCUACUGGCGGUACUGUUAUUGCUCGGGCAAGUGCUACAAUGUGUCGGUUCGUAUUACCUUUCCAUGAGGACUAUGCUGUUAGGAAGGGUAAUCUACGGACUAGGUGGGGAGAGCAUGAAUGUGGCACAGACGACUCUUCUAGCAGGCUGGUUCCGAGGGCAGGAGAUCGCCUUUGCAUUGGGACUAAACCUCUCAGUUGCCCGAUUUGGCUCGGUUCUCAACGAUUUGCUGUCACCUGGUGUAGAGGCACGAUAUGGAGUAACGGGAGCGUUCAUAGCGGGGCUUAUAGCGGUGACAAGCACGGUUAUUCUAACGUUAGUGUUGUGUUAUUUCACGAAGCACAUCGAUGAUGAUAUCACUAGUGAGGAAGCUCCCAGUCAGGGCUUUAUAGAGAACUGCGUGCUGGCCUAUGCGGUUAUACUGCCUUUCAAUAACAUCGCCGCGGCAUUUUUCGUCGAGGUGUGGUAUCCAACCAUGGAUAAAGCGGCUGCCCAUGUUAAAGUUGGACAGAUCAUGGGAAUACUUUUUGGGGUGUCAGCAUUGGGCUCUCCUAUCGCUGGUAUAUGCAUAGACAAAUUGGGUUACCGCCUCUAUUUUCUUCUGGCUAGUUUUACUAUGGCGACAUUGGCACAUAUCAUCCUGCCUAUAUUGCACCCGGUGAUAUCUAUGACCGUUUUGGGGCUAUCCUAUACGGUGUUCGCCUCUGCAGUAUGGCCAUUGGUAGCAGCUGCAGUACCUCCUAGGAAGACUGGCGCGGCCUAUGGUGUUACAACGGCUGCACAAAACUUCGGCUUGGCGGUUACGCCUGUUAUAGUGGCUCAUAUACGUUCAUCCACUGGCUCCUACGUAGCCGUAGAGAAGUUCUUCUUCUUCAUCGGUACAGCAUCGAUAGGGGUGGGCAUUCUGCUAUGGAUGAGAGAUAGCCGGUCUGGUGGAAUGUUGAACAGCCCAGUUCGGUCCAGAGGAACUGAGCCUCUCGAUCCGAAGUUGCCCAUAGUAGGGUCAUCGAUUGAGACUGGCCCCGGUAGUGAAGAGGAGAGCACCCAGGAGAUGUCCGAAGAUGAUAGAUUAUUAUUUAAUGAGCAUAUUGUUGAUGGUUAA